UAUCUAUAGUAAGUACUUAUCGCUUCCAGUUACCCGAUGUCCAUACACAUUCACUCAUCUACCCACAUCGGGCAGGCAAAAUAAAGGAAAUUAUCCACAAUGUUUCGCUCACUUCGCGAGAUUGCUCCUGAAAAUACCACUCUGUUCAAGCCGCUAUUACUUCUCAAUACACGCUUAGAUCACAACUUUGCCGCACUUACAUGAUAGCGCGAAGCCUUAGCUAUCAUCCUGUGCAGGGGUUUUUCAGUUAUCAGCAGAAAUUCAAUAUUUCUUUGGUCAUAGAAAGGACCAUACUGCAUAAAACUACGGUAAAUUCGUAACAAAAAACAUAAUGAACAUGCCGAAUGGCAAUAGCGUCCUAUAGGGGUAGGCUCAAUUGCUCAUUGAUCCCGGGAGAUUGAACAAGAUGGCCGCCUCCAUGUUAAUUACUUUGGCGUAAAUUCCUGCAUACAAUUAUAGUUAUUUAAUGAUUUUGGUUGGUCUUUUGAGGAUGUUUCAAGCAUGCAAAAUGUGCUUUACAAAUAUGUAAACAUGACCUUUGACCUACACUGUAGCUUAGUCACAAUCAUGAGUUGAGAAAACAAAAGUGAACCCAGAGCAAAUGGGGACAUACAUUCGACACAUAGCCAUAACACCAGGCUACUUGAGUGGCAUUCAUCUGAGUUCAGACUUAUCAAUCAAAUAGAGUCCUUCAUGAGGCCAAAGUUCCACUGUUAUCUUCCUGGCCAACAUUCUGAUACUAAGUCUACCAAAAUGAGGAUAGAAUCAUCAACAUCAAUGAUCAACAUAUCCACGCAUUAACGGACACUGCUUGGAAGAAAAUGGGUAAAAACUGUCUUCAACUGUGUAUUUUGAUUGCCAUUUUAAAUGUUGGUAUUUUUCCUUCAAGCGUAUACACCUUCCAAAAUGUUGGAAAACUUUUUGACGAUAUUUGGGACAAAAAGGAUGAUACAAUUAAGAACAUUGCAAAUGGAAUCAAGAAAACAAUGAAGAGUGUUGAUAAAAUUAAGGAAUUUAAUCAAAUCCAAAAAGAUGUAAUGGAAUCAAUUGAUGAUGUGAAAGAUGCAUUUAAAAUAGAUGCCAUUGCUAAGAAAAUUCAAAAUAACAAAAAUGAUGGGGAGGCGUUUAAACAUGGGAAGAAGGGACUGAAAAGUACCAUUAAAAAGACACAUGAAUUCCUAGAGGAAAUGGUCAAUGAAGUAGACCUACAAGAAAUAUGGAAACAGUUUAACUAUGCUGGACAAGCUAUCUUUGGGACAAAUACAAAUGCAGAGUCAAAUGAUGCUCUAGAUCCAGAAGUUCAUAUGAAUGCUUCAGAGUUGAUAUUAAGUAAAGGAUAUCCCUGUGAGGAAUACACUGUACAAACUGAUGAUGGUUUCUUAUUAGGAGUUCAACGAAUACCACAUGGCAGGAAAACUAGGGACCAGUAUUCAAGGUCUGAGGAGGAAAUGUCCCAGCAUCAUUCCAGGCCUGUUGUCCUUUUACAACAUGGUCUUUUGUGCUCAUCUACCAAUUGGAUUGCUAACUUGGCAAACGAGAGCUUGGGUUUCUUAUUGGCUGACGCUGGCUAUGACGUAUGGCUGGGAAACUCUAGGGGUAACACAUAUUCACGAAAGCAUGUCAAAUAUACUCCUGAUCAGGCAGAAUUCUGGGCUUGGAGUUGGGACCAAAUGGGAGAGCUUGACUUGCCAGCUACUAUAGAUUUUAUCCUGGACCACACAGGCCAGAAACAAUUACAUUAUGUAGGACAUUCACAGGGUACCAUGAUUGCCUUUGCUCAAUUUUCGUCCAAUCAAACCACUGCUCAAAAGGUAAAGAGUUUCACAGCAUUAGCACCAGUUGCAUAUCUCAGCAACAUGAAAAGUGUGUUGAGAUACUUCUCAUAUAUUUAUCCUGAAAUAAAGGAAUUAUUCUACUUACUUGGUGUAAAAGAUUUCCUUCCAAGUAAUGAACUGAUGCACUUCCUAGCAUCCAAAGUGUGUACAAGGGAAACUGAGAUCUUCUGCAGUAGUUUCCUGUUUAUCAUAUGUGGCUUUGACUCCCAGCAACUCAACAUGACUCGGUUGCCUGUCUAUCUGAGCCAUACACCUGCGGGUACCAGUGUUCAGAACAUGGUUCACUAUGCUCAGAUGGUCAGGUCAGGCCUUUUCCAGAAGUAUGACUACAUGUCUGUCAAGGAAAACCAGAAACAUUACCAUCAGGAUUCACCCCCCGUUUAUGAUGCCUCAAAGCUCAAUGUACCCACAUAUAUAUGGUAUUCUAACAAUGACUGGCUGGCAGAUCCACAAGAUGUCCAGAUACUUCUUGAUGAUAUUCAUCAAACUGUGAGAUAUGUGAGGGAACUGGAGAAAUGGAAUCAUCUUGACUUCAUAUGGGGAAUGGACGCACCGCAGGAGGUCUAUUAUGACAUCAUCAAGUUCCUGGACAAUGAGGAGGGAAUGUCUUAUAUAAAUGGACCAUUUUAGU